CAUCGACGGACCGUGCCCAUAGGUGGACCUGCCUUUAUCUCGUGUUGCAUUUACUAACUUCCAGUAACCGCUUAGACUUAUCAAGUGUUUGUGUGAUAAACGGCCCGCAAAAGUGUUCAAAAUGGCCAGCGAACUUCCAACAGUUCUGAAGACCCUCUUCAGCCACAUCGACGCCAACAAGGCCAAAUACAUCGCGGCCCUGGCGGAGACGGUGGCCAUCAAGUCGGUGUCCGCCUGGCCCGAGUCCCGGCCGGAGAUCUUCCGCAUGGUCAACUGGGUCGCGGACCGGCUACGCACCUUGGGCGCAACCAUCGAGCUGGCGGACGUCGGCAAGCAAACGCUGCCGGACGGCCGUGUCAUCGAUCUGCCCAACGUCAUCCUGGGAACGCUCGGCAAUGACCCCGCCAAGAAAACCGUCGUCCUGUACGGCCAUCUGGACGUCCAACCGGCCCUGCUCGAGGACGGCUGGGACUCGGAACCGUUUGUGCUGACUGAGCGCGACGGCAAGCUGUACGGGCGCGGUGCCAGCGACGACAAGGGCCCGGUGCUCGGGUGGAUCCACGCCAUCGAGGCGUUCCAGGCGAUCGGGGAGCCGGUGCCGGUGAAUCUGAAGUUUGUGUUCGAGGGCAUGGAGGAGAGCGGGAGUGAGGGAUUGGACGAGUUGCUGUUCAAGCGGAAGGAUGACUUCUUGUCGGGGGUUGAUUACGUGUGCAUUUCGGACAACUACUGGCUGGGGACGGACAAGCCUUGUAUUACGUAUGGACUGCGGGGAAUCUGCUAUUUUGACGUGCAGGUUGGAUGCGCUGGGAAGGAUCUGCACAGUGGCGUGUUUGGAGGAACUGUUUAUGAGGCCAUGAACGACUUGGUUUAUCUGCUGGGGACGCUGGCGGACAAGGAGGGUAAGAUCUUGAUUCCGAACGUGUACAAGGAGGUCGCUCCGUUGUUGCCGAAUGAGCAGGAGAUGUACGACGCGAUCGACUUUGACGUGGAUAGCUAUCGGGACCAGUUGGGGGCGACCCAGCUGCAGCACAAGGAGGACAAAACGAAGAUCCUGAUGCACCGCUGGCGUCAACCGAGUCUGUCCAUUCACGGUAUUGAGGGUGCGUUCUAUGAACCGGGACAGAAGACGGUCAUUCCGAAGAAGGUCAUCGGCAAGUUCUCGAUUCGAAUUGUGCCCGAUCAAACGCCGGAACUGAUUGAGAAGUACGUGAGCGAUUACCUUACGGCCAAGUGGGCGGAACGUGGCUCGCCGAAUAGUUUCGCCGUGAGAAUGGCCCACGGAGGCAAGCCCUGGACGGAGGACCCGAAUCAUCCGCAUUACCAGGCGGCCCGUGAUGCUACCAAGCACGUGUACAAAGUCGAUCCGGACAUGACGCGCGAGGGCGGUUCCAUUCCGGUGACGUUGACGCUGCAGCAGACCACGGGCAAGAACGUGCUGCUGUUGCCGAUGGGCGCCUCGGACGACGGAGCUCACUCGCAGAACGAGAAGAUUGACGUCCGCAAUUACAUCGAGGGGACCAAGCUGCUGGGAGCCUACCUGUACGAAGUGGCCAAGAUCAACUGAGAGAAUAACCUGCUGUGCGGUAUAACCAUCACGAAAUACACAUCACCUAUUGUUCUAAACAACCA